GGGGAAUCUGGUGAAAGCUGAGUGGAAGCCAGGACAGGGCAUCGUAGAGCUGCAGUCCCCUGCGGGGAAGUUUUGGCACACCAUGGGAUUCACAGAGCGUGGCAAACAGUGCCUGCUGCCUGAGGAAGCUCUGUUCCUGCUGGAGUGCGGCUCUGUUCAGCUCUUCUACAGAGAUCUGCCCUUGUCAAUCCAGGAGGCCUACGAGAUCCUGCUGUCCCAGGAGACGAUGAGCCUGCCACGUUACCAGGUGUUCAGCCACUUGAAGCAACUGGGUUAUGUUGUACUGAGAUUCGACCCCAGCACUGUCCUGUCUCCCUACGAGAGGCAACUGAACCUGGAAAGUCACUGCCAGAGCUCUGGGAAACACCAUCGCAAAAGGAGGAGGAGUUCCAGCCCCCGGUCUCAUGAGAAGAAACAUAAGGUGUCUGAGGACCUUCCAGAAGCCGAAGGGACCUCUGAAAAAGCUGGAGGAGACUGUGGAGAUUCCAACAGCCUUUCCAUGGAUGAAGAGCCCUUGUCAGAGCAGCCAAAGGAAUCAGAUGCUGGCAGUGGAGAGCAGGAGUCAAAGCCAGUUCCUCUUGAUACAGGACAAAAGGACUCCAUGAGCCCCUCCAGGAGCCAGGCUGGAGACCAGAAGGGGAGCAGCACUGGCACCCAGGCACCCCGCUGGGAUUUUACCACCAUCAUCUUGCCAAACGUGGCCCCGGACCAGCCAUGCACACAUCUGCCCUCACCUGACAGCUGUCUCCUGCCGGAGAACGUGCCAGGGAGGGAGGUUGAUGCAGAUUGCUGGUGCGUGCGCAUCAAUCAGAAACAGGAGAAGCUGUCACGGAAGGAAAGGGAGCAGCGAGAGCAGGAGAGCAGGUACAAGAGCAGUGUCAAUGCUGACCGGGAGGUGAGACGCUGCUCCAACUGGCAGGAGUACAAAGCGCUUUUGGACCAGAGGAGCCAGCGGAGGGUUUGGAGACGACCACCGCAUCUUUGGGACCAAGCUGUCACACCGCUUUUGCGGCCAGAUGAAGCUACCUCAUCAGCUGCGCUCCUCCAGCAGAUCAGCGUGCUGCAGCCUUCCCACAUCCUGGAUGGAGCCUCCCGGCUGCAGGAGGAUCCAGAGGGCAUGAAGAUAGACUUCAAUGUGUAUCAAGCAGAUGCUGUGGCCAAGUUUAAGAAGACAAACCCUGGGAAGCCGUAUGUCAGGAUGUGCGUUCGGAGCUUUGACGAGGAGGUUCCAUCCCUUCGGGCUUUGAAGCAAGUUACAUAUCAGAGUGGGGAUGUCCCAGUGGUCUUCGCACUGGUGGAUCACGGAGAAAUCGCCUUUUAUUCGCUAAAGGAAUUCAAGCUGCCAGUUGAUGUUAAUGACUGA